AUGAAUUAAAAGCUUUCAAGCAAAACCCUAGUGUGUUCCAUCAUUUUCCUUGAGGAAAACCCUAUCAACAACCAAAUAUGCCUUUCCUAGUCCCAGAAAAGAAGUUUUCACGGCCAAAGAAGGUGUUGAAGCACUUGACAUCUAAACUUCAAUCCAAACUACUCUACCUUCAAAAAUCGAUUAAACCAUCCAAUACCAAAACUAUUUCUAAAUCCAUUCCCCGGGAUCAGAGGACUCUGGCACCGGUAUAUAAUCAUCAUGCUAUGAUAGAUAGAGCAAUUUUGCCGGUGAGAGUUGACUCUGAUGAUAGUUCUUCCCAUGACCAUCAGAAACAUUAUUCUGGGAUUGAAAACGAGUGUGUAGAAGAUGAUUCGGACAAUGAUUGUUUUGAUAGGAAGUCUCUACAACUGUAUGGAGUGGACGCCAGGGCUGAGGAGUAUAUCAGCAGAGGUAAAGAGUUUUGGAGGCUUGAAAAGCAGAAAUCUGUGGAAGAGUUCUGGGAUAGGUUAGCUCGCAGUAGUUAGUGAGUUAGGAGAGGAGUUGGCUUUUUUUCCAUCGAUUUCUUUUCUGCUUAUACCAUUGGUUUACCUUGAGACAUUAUUAGGUUGUUCAAGGGAACAUUUACUUGGUUGCAAAGCGUAAAAUGUAUGUUAUAGAGGGCUUUUUUUUUUUUUUUUGCCUUCUAUAGAUCAUGAUCAUGGAAAAUAUAUCUGAAGAAUGAUU